AUGGAGGAAGGCGCUCAGGCCCUAGACUGGGACAGUGACGAGACGGUGAUCGAAGGGUCGGUGUCCGAGAGCGACUUCGACGAAGAGGAGCUGCCCUGGAGAAGGUUGUUCUUUGGUGAAGACGUAGCUCUUAGAGCUGAGUCCAAACCCCAUCCUGAUAUCAAUGAAAUAUGCAAAGGCAUGCCUUCUCCUGAGAUUCAACUUGGUUUUAAACUCAGAGACAAUCUACAAAAGCAAAUGAAUAAAAGUCAGAUGAUGCGUGUUCUUAAUGGGACUACAGUCUUACAGCAAUCUGAAGAUGAAGUGGAACAAAAUCAAGCCCUCUUACAAGCAAAUUGUCCAAUGUUUUCUGUGUCAGUUCCACAGACCGAACUUUCACUCAACCACCAAAACAUUCAAGGACCUGGGACUGAAAAUACUGAAGUUUUGCCACACACAGAAAAGGCUGUAAAUGAAGAUAGCAACUCUCCUGUAAUUAGCCUUCUCUCAGGUACCACUGGUAAAAUGCCCGGUCUGUUUGCUGUGAAAGAGAUGCCACUAAUGGAAACAAAGGGGAGUACAGCACAAAAUACAUUUUCUGAGCCUGGAAAGAAAGUCACGUUUUCUAUAACUUCUGAAACUACCAAAGAUGAAGAAAGCUCUUGUGAAACGUUUGUAUCUUCCUUAGAAAAUUUACCAGAAAGCAACAAGGAGGAAAGAGAAUGUCCAAUAAUGAAUACUUUUGAACCCAUAGACUUGAUGAACCCAUUGAGUGACUCCCUGAGUUCCACACAGACUACCUUGAAUGCCUGGUGGGAAUACCACAGAGAUGACCUAGAAAACCAAGAGGAUGGCGCAUUGCCAGCUGAGUUGUUGGCAGCCCUUAAUAUAUUGUCAGAAGCCACGGUGGGACCCGUCUGUCACAGAAAAGAGGGAGGCAGUAGUCUCAGUGAUGGAAAUGAAUGUCUAGCAGUGGCAUCCAGUAUGUCUCAGACUGAUGAAGAUUGCACACAAAUCGCAGAGGGGGAUUUUGACCCAGCUUCAUUUGGACUGCAAACUUUGGUACAACAAAAUGUCACCUCUUGUGAUCAACUAAAUAAUCAGGAGGAUUCUAAUCCAUUGGAAAAUAACUCUGAUCCAGAAAUUCCAUGUGUACUAAGGAGAUCUUUGAGACUGAAAAAACGCAAAGUAAAAAAAGCUGGAAAACACAAAAAUGAUGUGUACAAUAAGCCAGAAAAAAUCUUACCAAAUGUACAUAGCCAUAAGCAUCAGACAAAUAACAAAUCUUUGGCUAAGACUUCCAGCUUGCAGGAUGCUGCCGUAAGGACUGAAGGCAAAGCAAAGAGUGUGCAUUCACUUAGACUCAAGAGUGGACACCAGAUCUGGAGAAACAAAUUUGCAAUGAAAACUGAAAAAAAGAAGAUAAAAAAGAUUUCUCUUUCUCGUAUUAAUCGGAAAAACAUUUUUGGAGAGAACUUACUGUAUAAGGCUGCUCUCCUAAACAAUUUUAACCUUGUUCAUCAUUGUAUUAAAAAAGGUGGAAAUGUAAAUCAGCCAACUUAUGCUGGUUGGACAGCACUCCAUGAAGCUAGUGCAGGAGGAUUUUAUCAGGUAGCAAGUGAACUAUUAAAAGGUGGAGCAGAUGUAAAUAUCAGAGGAAUGUACCAGAUCACUCCCUUACAUGAUGCUGUGAUGAAUGGACAUUUUAAGGUGGCAGAGUUACUUCUCCUGAAGGGCGCAGAUCCAUUAUUCAGAAGUGACUUUGGAAAGUCAGCUUUGGAUGUGGCCAAGGAUUCAAGUAUGAGGCGCCUCCUUGAGAGACACGUUUCUAAGCAACAAAAACGCCUUCUGUCAGCUCAGAAGAGUAGUACCGAGCCAUUGGAAGCAGAAGGUGCACACCAGCACAAGGUACAUCUAUCUGUGUGUAGUAAUAAAGAGAAUAUUAUAUGUUCUGCAAAUGGCAAAGACCACUGUAAUUAUAAAGAGAACAUAGCAAAUAGUGAAGAAAUGUGUUUUCAGUGGUCUUUACCUUCUGAGCACCAUUUUUCACAGGACAAUGUGUUAACAGCAGGCAGCUUAACCAUCCUUCCACGACAGGAAGCUGUUACCUUUUCUGAUUCAGAUAAUACAGACAUUUCUGAGCAACAUGUUUCUAAUUAUGAACAUUAUAUUGAUGGAGGAUCUUUUGAUCACUCACCUGGCAAUCAUGAACACACUUCCCGGGCUUGUGCAAGAACCCUUUCAAUAUGUGAAGCUUCAGAGUUGGCUAGUCACGCAGAACUGUUCAGAAGGCCUCAGGAUAAUAGCCCCAGGUCAUCUACUCCUUUCAUGUGUCAAACAGAUGCACAUAUUAUAGAAAAGGUGGAUAAGAAGCAUGAUACUAACCAGAAUUACACUAAUAAAGAUCAUGAAACAAGAUACUCAAGUGGGCCUUUAUCCACAACUGUUCAUUCUCCACUAAUAGAAGCACCUAAAGUUGAAAAAAGGAGGCAAGGCCUUCUAGAGAAUAAGGUCACUUGUAACGUAGAAUUUCAGCCCACUGACUAUAUGAAUAAAGAAUUGGUCAACAACUCACAGCUUAAUCAAAGAAGAGAGAAAGAAAUUUCUCCCAAACCAGAUGAGGGAUUAAUGGAUAAUGGGGACAAAAGCACCAUAAGCAUUUGUGAGGAGAAAAAUGAAAACCCCGACUCAGAGACUCAUAUGCCUAAUACACAAGUUCAGAAUUUGAAAAGCAGACAAAAUUUGUUGAAAGCUACCUGUCGCCCAGAACUGAAAACAUCUGGAAUUAACAAGAGGAAUUCUAAAGGAGAAAGUUGUCUUCAUGUAGCCGCCAGAAGAGGAGACUUGGCUCGGGUGAAAGCGCUAAUAGCAUCUGGAGCCCAUGUGAAUUUAAAAGACAAUGCAGGUUGGACACCACUUCAUGAAGCAUCUAGCAAGGGAUCAAAUGAUGUAAUUAUAGAGUUAUUGAAAGCUGGUGCUAAUGUUAAUAGUGCAAAUCUGUAUGGAAUUCUGCCCUUGCAUGAUGCUGUUAUAAACAGUCAUUUAAAGACAGCUGAAAUUCUAUUACAACAUGGAGCAAACCCUAAUCAGAAAGAUCACAAACAAAAGACUGCUUUGAAUGAAGCAGAUGAUGAAACAAUGAAAAAUCUGCUAAAAUCUUACGGUGCUGUUGAGACUCAUAAUAGAGAUGAGAGUCAUACUGGAAAAAGUACUACUGUUUGGCCAAAAAGACAUAAACAGCACAUUUCUGAUGAUUGCAAAACUGUUGAUCAACCUUCCCCUUCACACCACGAAAACACCAGAGAAAGCCUUCCUAAGCAUCGCACCAUCAGCGCCAUUCUGCAAGAUAUCGAAGAAAAACAAGAAAAUCUGUUAGAAUUUGAAAUACAAACCCCUAAAGAUGCAGAACAAUAUAUUGAAAAGAUGCUACAAAUUAAAGAGGUGAUGGAUAGCGUGCUUGCCAAACAAAAGGCAGAAAGGGAUGAUUUGGCUAAGAAAUACAGGGUGUCCAAAGAGGCAUUUAAGCAGGGUGCUCUGAGAGAACAACUGGCCAACUUGGCUGCAAGACAGAAAAGUCUUUUAGUCGUGGCGAAGAAACAGAAAAAGAUAAGCCUGAAAAUUCAAAGCUGUAAGAAUGACACACCAUUGUCUGGACUUACUGUGAGGGAGCCGCCAUCUAGCCCAGAAAUCUCUAAUAAAAAGAACAGUCAAAAGCCUACCAGUCUGGAAAAAUCAAUACAGCCCCAAACAGGCACAUGCUUCCCUGCCAGCCUUGUCUGUGGAAGCAUACAGGAAGCACAGCUGUCCCCAGAAACUGAGAUUGAAGUUCAGAAUGACAGCCAAAGUACCAAUAUUUGCCUAAAUUCAGAGACAGCAUGUAGUGAAGACCUUUCUGGAAAUGAGCUGAGUUCUAAACAAAAUGUCAUAUUCUCAGAAUCCAGUCAUUCAGAUGGCACUGAGGAGACUGCAUUGCCAUCACAGCCUGUUGCUUUUAUUGCUCAAGCAGAUUGUUCACAAAAUAAAAAUGAUCUUUUAAAAACCACAGCCAAAGAGUAUGAGUCCUGCAAUUCUCCUGCAAUUGCUAGCACAUUAGAUGUUUCAGAAAGCACAACGGUAUUUACCCAAAAAGAUGUCCAUCCGUCAACUAUUAUUUGUGACCAAGACCUUCCCAAUUAUGUUCCCAAAAGAAAAAGGAAAACAAAUUCCCAGAAACCACCUCGGGCAGCAUCAGAAUCCCUGGCGCAUCAACGGAUUGCUGUCCUAGGCAGUGAUACUGCAAGCCAGGUGAAGCCAUACCUGAAAAAGUCAGCUUCGGCCGCCUCAUGUGAAGGUGGCCAUCAGAUGGCCAGCUCGGGGACUGGCCAUCAACAGACAAUCAAAAAGCCUUUAAAUUACAACAUAGCUCCUAAAAAGAAACGCUUGCAGAUAAAGGAUCUGAUGUUAAUGGGAAAAAUUAAUCCUGGGCAUAACAUUCUGGAAUUCAAAACACAGGAGGCUACCCACAAAGCCAGUAUUUUAUUCAGUGGUAAAAUUAAGGUAGAAAAUGGUCAGGUUUAUCAAAACCUAGUCACCUGGCUGAAGGAUCUCCUAGGAAGUGACAGUUCUGUGACUUGGAAUUAUGCUUGGAGUAAGGUAACUUAUCUUGGGAAAGAGCUUUUAAAGUAUGUUUCUGAGGAGGUACCCGUGCCUCCAGAGCCAAGCUUGAUACCUCAGCAAGCGCAACCUUGCCUUCCAGAUCACAGGGAGGCCUCUCCAUCCCAGGACCAACCAGUGCUGAUUUAUAACCUUGCCCCGGGCUUGGGAAGUGGAUUGAGUAAAGCCUGCCCUGGAACUUCCAGAGAGCUAUUGCAAAGGAACCCAGAUUAUCUACAAAUAAAUGAAAUACUAUUAAUCAGCGAUCAAGAAUUUCUCCCAUGCCAUAUAAUGGAUCAGCAUUGGAAGUUCUAUGCAGAAUGUGAGGAGCUAACAUUCUAAAGUCUUGUUAUCUUAAUAAUUUAUAUAGGUAUUUGUUCGAAUUACUAACAUUUCAUGUUUUAGCUUGAGUGAGCUGCUGUGCCUUUUGUGACAUAGUAUAUGUCAUGAGGUAUUCAUGAAUUGCUCCU